AUGCGAGCUCCAGACUCCUUGAUAGAUGGAUGUGCUGGCCGACGCUUUUGGCAAGCAAAGAAUGCUGAUGAAAAUGCCAUGGUCGCCAUUGGAUGUGAAGUCCCCGGGGUGUCGAAAGUGGACCUUGAAGCAUCGCGAGACUUUCUCGCUCAGCUUGGAAUAGGAACAGGCCCUGGUUUACGCACUGUCAUGAGUGCCUUGGAAGGAGGGGCUGGGAUUGGGAGAUUUACCCGAGCUAUUCUUACAGCCGUGGCUGAGCAAGUGGAUGUUAUAGAACCUAUUAUCAAAUUCACAGAAUGCCUCAAUGGGACAGACGGCAUACGGGACAUCUUCAAUUUUGGCUUGGAGGAAUGGCACCCGGCCCCGGAUAUCAAGUAUGAUUUGAUUUGGAACCAAGGGUGUAUUUGCCACCUCACCGACAAGCAGUUGGUUGAAUACUUAAGAAAGUGCCGGGCCGUGCUUAGGACAAGUAGUGGACUCGUUAUUAUAAAGGAAAACAUCAGUGUCCGUGGUUUUGAUAUCUUUGAUGCCACUGACAGCACUGUUACGAGGCAUGUCGACUAUGAACAAAACCAAAAAUUCCUCAGCAUUUUUCGAGAAGCUGGGUUGCGUUUACUGAAAUCUGAGAUCCAACGCGGCCUUCCUAGAACACUCAUGCCUGUCAAGAUGUAUGCACUAGGACCAGAUGAAGCUUAA